AAAAAGCAUGCCUGAUAUUCCACAGACACUAAUACCAGCUUCCUGCAGAGAUCUUCAACUGGGUCACCAGGGACUUAUUUUGGAGACCAAUAGAAAACUGCCACAUCACAGGUGGUGCUUUUGUGAGAGUCCUGCUCACCUAGUCCCAGGGCCCCCCCAAAGGGAAACCCUUACAAGGAUUAACCCAGUGACCCACAGGAGGAAGUGAGAUUCUUGGAAUGUGCAGCCCGUUACGCGGGGGACUGUGGUUGUGUAACAGAGAAAGAACAGCCCGGACAGGGGAGGGGGGCGUGUCCUCACGGGCACCGGGGGUGUGGCCUCCCUGACAGCACAAAGGAGAGCCAUAUAAGCUGAGCAGCCAGACACUGGAGCAGCAGACACACACCUGUCAGCCUUGCCCACAGGAGCAGCAGCCAGCAGGGACCUACACACCCAACCCGUGCCCUUUGGAAUAACUUUACUGCACCUGAGAAAACCCCACAAUGGCUCUGCCUCUCCACACACUGCUGGGUCUCUCCGUCACACUCUGUGUCUGUCUGCGGGAAGGGUCUGGUCUCCCGUUGUCAGGACAGGCGGAGCUCAGUGCUGUCUCCGCCCUUCGCCAUGGCAACGCUGGGCAGCACCGCGUUCGAUCCAAACGCUGCUCCUGCAACAACCAGCAGGACUCAGAGUGCCACUACUUCUGUCACCUGGACAUCAUCUGGGUGAACACGCCCAGUAAGAUGACCGUAUAUGGGCUGGGCAGUCCCCUCUCUCGCCGGCGCCGCUCUACUGGUCGUUGUGCUUGUGCCAGUGCUGAUGACCUCACCUGCAGCUCCUUCUGCCACAACAGCUCCCAGAAUUCCGCCCUGGUGCUGGUGAACCCCUCGCCCCCGUCCCAGCGCCCCCCGAACGGGAAGACCUCUGACCUGCUGGCAUCCCUCCGGUCCGUGGUCCGAGCCAACCAGCUGGUGGUCGAGCUGGGCGUGCCCCCCCGGAAGAGGCGGUCCUGGACCCACGGGCCGCGGAACAGAUAGAGGGCUGGAGGGGGGACGCCGUCAGCUGUGCGUGAGCACCUGAACAAAGGGGGGGGGGCAGACCCCCCCGGAGCCCGACCGGGCCAACCGAGCAAACCAAGAACCGGGGAGACCGGACUGUACAGGAGGGGGGGGCCCUCACCUCCGCCACUCGCCCCCCCAGCUUCACCCCCCCCACACUCACUGGCCAUCAAGAGACCGGAUCUGUGACUAUUACUGGGGGGUCCCACCACUGACCCAACACCAAAAGUCCAAAACGGGUUCCCAUCCUGCCAUUUCCGUCUGGAGAACAUGACUGAGAGGCAGAGCUUCCAGAUCCUUCUGUGGGACUGGACCAGACUGUCCGUGCGUGCGCCCCACACUCAUGGAAAAUGGGGGGUGGGAGGGUGGGGGUGGUUACGCCACCCAGAGUGAGCGUUUAACUCAAAAGAGGGGCAGCAAAAAGGCUCCCCUCCCUGGAGGCGAUGAAGCUCGCGGAAGAAGCGUGAUGCUGAAGCGUUACUGCUUCCUGGAGCCAAAAUGGCGCCCUUUAGCCUGCGCUACGCCGCUAACUGCAGCCUUGCCGAAGCAGAUCACUGAUGACAUUAGGAAAAAAGGCUAAUUAAUAACAUCACUUUGAUAUUUUAUUCCUCAGAGACUGGGAUAUCUUACCCAGAAGAGAGCAAAACAUAUCAGGUUUAUUUAUUUCAUAAAUGAGCACUUUGCUUACAGUAGUCAUAUCUCAGUGCUGUGUCACUGGUGUUCUGCUCAGCUCUGUUUUCACCCAAACUGCCGGUGAAUCAGAGAACCGAGAGACUGAGUAAUCUGCUGGGAGUGUCAGUCUGACGCAGUGUGGUUGGGGUUAGGGUUAG